AUGGAGAAACUAAAAACUUAAAUUUGGGAUAUGCUCUAUUAAAAAUGUAGUGAAGAGCAAUAAUAGUUUGUUUAAAAAUAGAUAGAUUGCUUUAAGACUUAAGACACUCCUGUAUUUAAUAUGAAAAUGUUGUAGUUUUAGCUAAAAAUAGCAUUAAUUAUGAAUUUUUAUUUGAGCUAUUUGCUAAUAGCUGAGAGAAAUAACUUAGAAGAUUUCUUUUUUAAUUAAAGUUAUAUAGGAACUGCAUGGUUUGUGAGUAUUUGCGCUCAAAAUAUAAUCAUUUUAAUUCCUAAAAUAGUCAUGAUGAUUAUGCUUUAGAUAGUACUAAAUAGUACUAGAAAUAUCGAUGAACUUGUAGUUAAUGUAGAGGAAUUCAUGAAAACAAAAGUUUAUUAUUACAAUUGCUAUAUCUCUAAAUAUAUUUGGAUAAAUUAUGGAAUAGGAGGUAUUUAUUAUGUUUUUAAUAUGGUUUUUGGUUAUGAUGAGUCAGCUUAAUAAAUAGUUUCCUUAUGUCACUUCGUCUUAUAUAUAAUGGUGGCUAGAUUAAUACUUUUUAUAGCUAAAAUUACCCUACAAUCUAAAGGAUUAUCUGAAUAAUAGCUAUAAAAUCUUAUAAAUAAAAGGUAAUCUCCAGUAACUGAAGAUUUUUGUAAAAAACACGAUGACUGUUGCUCUGUUUGUUUAGAUGAAUACUUAGUGGGAUAAAUUUCUUUAUAGUUAGAUUGCAAGCAUAUUUAUCAUUUAAGUUGUAUUAAAACUUGGUUAGUCUAAUAAAAUAAAUGCCCUUGCUGCAAUCAAUUUGCUUUUAGGGAACUAUGA